AGCAAGCAACAAGGCUUAGCAAGCAAGCAAAUCGGCGGCGCUUUUGCAGGACCCUGGGUACAUUUUUGCACUGCCGCUAGCCGUCUGUAUACCCCAGCACGCCCGCGGCACGCCGGAGCUACCCCUGCUGCCGUAGGGGCAAGUUUGGGCACACCUAAAAGCAGCCAUGGUGCAAACGCGCCACGCGGCGCGGCGGCGGCAACGCAACUGGUCGAUGUGCCGCAUCUGCGAGACGCUGUGGACCAUCUCUGGAGUCUGUUGCCUCUGCUACCUGAUGCUGCAGCCGCACCUGAUGCUCGACGCCGCGCACCGCGGCCACCACCCGCAACCACCCAAGGCGGUGCCGCACGACCUGUCGCCGCUCGAAGCAAUGCUAACAACGACUGAGGCCCUGGCGAAGGCCCGGGGCUGGCCGAGCCGCGCGGCGCGGGACGCGCUCGCGCGCGGCCUCGAAACAAGAAAUGGGCGGCCGCGGCCGCGCCGCUUUGAGAAAGGCGAGGGCCCGCUGUGCGCCGUGCUCAUGUGGACGGCGACGUUCGUCCUGGAGAUCGCCAAGUUUCGCGUCUUCGAGCCGUUCGUGGCCGAGCUCGACGCGCAGGUGCCCUCUAUUAAUAUGAGCGCCCUCGUCGACUGGACGGAGCUCGGCCAGGCGCACACGCUGCUGCACGUCUUCGCGGAGCACCCGUCGCAAGUUUUGAGAGGCGGGGCCGUCUCCACAAUACCCGACGGCGACGCGACGCGGACGCUCGGCGAGCGCGUCUACCGGAAUGUAGGAAGGGUGCGCGCGGCGGAGCGGGCGAAGCGCAAGCUGAAGCGCCAGGAGACCAAGGCCUUCUGCGACACGCUCAAUCGGUCGGCGGCGGCCGGCGUGUGUUAUGGGAGAGACGACGAGCCCCGAUUGGGGUGGAUGAAGAUAUCUGGCUUCGCCCUGGCGACGGACGGCACGAUGCUUGCCCUUUUUGACGACGUCUCGGGCUGUGUGGAAUCAAAUUCCGGGCGUCCCACGCCAUCGACGCGACGUCGUCCCCGUGACCGCGCCGAUGCAACCUAAUUCACUGGUUGAUUUCCACACAGGUCGAGGGUAAUAUUGAGGAGCUGCGCGCGGCCCUGCGCCACGCGGCCGAUCCGAUGUUCCCGGCCGGCGCCGUGCGGCAGACGGCGCCGCUGCAUUUGGUCAUUGGGCGCUUCGUGGACUGGCCCGUGUUGAAUGACCUCGACCGCGCGCGCGUGAACCUGUGCGUCGAGCGCUGGGCGGCGGCGCUGCGGGAGCACCGCGAGCCGCAAGAUGGCACGGAGGUGCCCUACGUCGGCGCGACGGCGCGGCUCUACGAGCUCGAGCUGGCGCGCGACGACGCCUUCGGCUUCUUCGAGCGGGCGACGCACCGGAAGGUGCCGCUCCUCGAGGGCUACCCCGAGGAAUACUCCGACGACGAGUCGGUCCGGCGCGAGGCCCGCAAAAAGAAGAAGAAGGACAAGAAGGGGAAAGAGUUUUAGUUUUUGUUGUUGUCACUAAGUCCUGCCAGUGGUCCUACUAGUACGGUAGA